UCCACAUCAUAUCGUAACAACCUAGAAUAUGAUAAAAGAGGAAAGUAGAUAUUCUCCUAACAUCUAAAUUACACCUUUCUUUUUUUUUCUUUGAAGACAUUAAUGUAGCUUUAUGCUGUCUGAAUUUAAUUCUUUUUCAUCUCAGAGACCAUAUCUUAACAGACAGGUAUUGUAUAGAUGUUUCUUCUUCUAGAAAAGAAACUACAUAAUAAUUGUAGUAUUUCAGAAAGGUAAUAAGUAAUGCAUCCUUGGUAUUUUAAUGUUGAACUACAGGAAACUGCAUGAGGUCUUACUGUUGUGCAAGACACUUGGAUAACUGUUCGAUAAUUAGCAUUUAGACCCAGUAUCAAUACUAAGAAGGAAGCAAAAUUCUACGUGAAAAAAAAAGAGACAGAAACAAUCACAGAUCAUAAAAAAGAGUAGGUGUGGCUUGGCUAACUGCAAGGAUCACGUAUUUCAGUUUUCUAAGGACUUCAGCUUGGGAGAACUAGAUUUGUCAGAGAGAGAGAUGCCUAAAGCAGAGAUAUACUCUUUAGAAAGAUUUUGACUUCAGUAGAAGCAAACUCAUCUACACAGCUCCAAGUUUUCAGAGGCAGUCAUAUGCAAAAAAAAACCCAAAACCCGACCCAAAAAAACCCAAACCAGUGAGAAGUUAAAAUUUUGAUAAGAUGUUGGGGAUUGCUGAGUUUUUUAUAGCUCUAGGAGUAUGUCUCCUGAUUUUGCAGUUCCUAAAGCUGCAAUGGAUGCGUACCCAGCUUCCUCCAGGACCAGUUCCCCUCCCCAUCAUCGGAAAUAUGUGGCUGCUGGACUUCAAACUUCAUCGAGAAACUCUCUCUAAGUUAACCAAGAUCUAUGGAAAUAUCUACACAUUGUGGAUGGGACAGACACCCAUAGUUGUACUAAAUGGUUACAAAGCAGUAAAAGAUGGCAUCGUCAGCCAUUCAGAGGAAUUUUCUGGAAGACCUCUCACUCCAUUCUACAGGGAUAUGAUGGGCGAGAAAGGUAUUUUUCUGACAAGCGGGCACACCUGGAAGCAACAGAGACGCUUCGGCAUGACAAUUAUAAGAAGCCUGGCACUUGGUAAGAACAAUUUGGAGCAUCAAAUUCAAACAGAGGUCUGUCACCUUGUGGACAUCUUUGUAAACACAAAAGGCAAACCUUUUGACCCCCACACUUUCAUCGUCCAUGCUAUUGCAAAUAUAAUUUGUGCUGUUGUUUUUGGUCAUCGCUUCUCCAGUCAGGAUGAAUCUUUCAGCAAGCUUAUUAAAGCUGUUUAUUUUGUGAUCUACUUUCAAGCUACUAUCUGGGGCAGGAUGUAUGAUGCUUUCCCAUGGCUUAUGCACCGUCUCCCAGGACCUCAUCAGAAAGUGUUUGCAUACAAUGACUUCAUGCACAAUUUAGUUAUGAAAGAGGUCCAAACUCAUGAGAGACAGAACAUAGGUGAUCCACAGGAUCUCAUUGACUUCUACCUAGCUCAAAUAACAAAAACCAAAGAUGACCCUACUUCCACGUUUAAUACAGACAAUAUGGUUCAGACUGUGGUUGAUCUUUUGCUGGGAGGGACAGAAACAACAAGUACCACCCUUCUCUGGGCACUGCUCUAUAUGGUACAAUACCCAGAAAUACAAGAAAAGGUUCAGAGAGAGAUAGAGGCUGUUCUGGAACCCUCCCAUCUCAUCAGCUAUGAAGACCGUAAAAAACUGCCAUAUACAAAUGCUGUGAUUCAUGAGGCUUUGCGGUACAGCAAUAUUACUUCUGUUGGGGUCCCUCGACAAUGUGUGAAAGAUACAACUUUGCUGGGUUUUCACAUUAAAAAGGGCACACUUGUAUUGCCAAAUCUGCACUCCGUUGUGUAUGACUCUGAGCAUUGGGCAACCCCUUGGAAGUUCAACCCGAAUCAUUUCCUGGAUUCGGAUGGCAACUUUGUGAACAAAGAGGCAUUCUUACCUUUCUCAGCAGGGCACCGUGUAUGUUUGGGGGAACAGAUGGCACGAGUUGAACUGUUCAUCUUCUUUACCAAUCUACUUCGGGCAUUCACAUUCCAGCUCCCUGAGGGAGUAAAGGAAAUCAAUUUGGAGUACAUUUUGGGUGCAAUACUGCAGCCACAUCCAUAUAAACUCUGUGCUAUUCCACGCUAGUCUGUGACAUACUACAGCGCAGAGGGACUUUGACCAACCAAUAACUGCAGAUAUUUUAAAAACACGUAUCACUAUCUCAAUUGCAUUCAAAUAUAGGUAGCUCAGUAUAGCAAAUUAGAGUGUUUUUAUUUAGGUCUGACCUCAUAUAGUUGAGCUUUUUGAAAUUAAAAUAGGUGAUUAAAAUAGGUGUACUUGCCGAGGCUCAUAUAAAAGCAUCUUAGGCAUAUAUAAGUACACAAUAGUAAGUUACCAAAAAAAAAAAAAAAAAACCCACAAAAAAGUAUUUUCACACUCACAGUAGCAAGGAAUUAAAUGUAGGAUUUUAGAGAAGUGAUCUGUAUCAAGCAGAGUUUCCUGCAUAUUUUCUCAGCAAGGUAUCACACUAUUGAAAUGGCACAAUUGUUCUGAUGCAGCAAGGAUGCCUGAAUAAAAAUUUUCUUCAGUAUUCCGUUACUCCUCUGUGUUCACAGAAGGUCUUUUCUUACAUCCUUUUGCAGAAGGUACCAAGGUCUACACAC